GUGUGAACUGCACCUUAACAUGUGUUACACAGCGUCGAGUGCAUUAUGCCAGUUUGUUGAAGUCUAUUUUUCCAUUGUUAAGUAAAAAUAUUAUUAAAAAUGGAUAUCCAUAUAAUGCCAAAUAAGAGCGAAGCGGAUAUGACUCCAGAAGAAAAAUGGAGAGCGGACCAUAUAAAGCUGCACAAGCAACAUCAAGGUCAUGAAUCGAUGCAUGCAGAAAUGGUACUAAUAUUACUAGGAACAUUAAUGCUAACACAAUUCAGUUUAAUUGAAUGGAAAAAGAGACAUUUUAAAUCAUAUCAGUUAAUAACAUUGAUAGUUAUGUGGCUAGUCCCGUUUGGUUUAAGUCUUGUUAAUCACUGGUGGAGAUUUAUUUUUCUCUGGUUAGUAUCAUCAUGUAUAACAGGACUCGUAGUAAGAAAAGCUAUUCAAAAACCAAUACGAGGUACAACUCCUAGAUUAGUGUAUAAAUGGUUUUACUUCAUUUAUAAGCUUAGUUACGUUUUGGGUUUAAUUGGAUAUGUUAUAAUGUUAGCAACAUUUUUUGGUUUAAAUAUUGUAUUUGAUGCAAAGCCAGCAGUUUGGAUGGAUUAUGGAAUACUUUUCUUAUUUUAUGGCCUUUAUUUUGGGGUUUUAGGAAGAGAUGUUGCUGAAAUAUGUGCCGAUAAAAUGGCUUCACACGUUGGGUAUUAUGCUCCAGGCAGUAUGCCAACAAGGACUUUGGAGCCAGGAGUAUGCGCAGUAUGUGGGAACAGAUUAUUAGUUUCUGAACACGAAGAAGGUGUUAUCGAGAACACAUACAAACUCAGCUGUGAACACGUCUUUCAUGAAUUUUGUAUCAGAGGUUGGUGCAUCGUAGGGAAGAAACAGACGUGUCCUUACUGCAAGGAAAAAGUAGAUCUGAAAAAAAUGUUCCGCAAUCCAUGGGAACGACCACACGUAUUGUAUGGUCAAUUAUUGGAUUGGAUAAGGUGGUUGGUUGGAUGGCAACCAUUAAUUCUGUUCCUAGUGCAAGGUAUCAAUUGGGCUUUGGGCCUCGAGUAAGUAAAGUCAUAAUUGAGUCGAAUUGGUUAUACUCCAAAAAGGAGUACUACAAUAAAAGAAAAUCAUUAUUUGAGGGAUUAGAAUAGCCAUACUCAACCUGUGGCCUGCCAAGAUUUAAUGUUCAACACAAGAUGCACACUCGAGAAUUUAAAUUUAUCUACGUAAAAGUAAAUCUUGGACGAUUAAAUAGACACAGACAAUUUUAUAAUUGCCUUCAUUUUACAGCCAAUUUGUUCUGCUGGAACAAAUACUAUUUUAUAAAAUAAUAUGUGACACAUGAAUGGAAAAUUCAGAUUUUUUUUUUCUUUUUUCUUUUUCUUUUUUGAUACCAAUGUUGUGGUCCACUUAAUGCAGUGAACAAAAAUAUAUGUGAUUCAAGAAAACAAGUGGUUGAGUAUGGCUGAUUUAGGAUAUGAACGUGCUUUUAUAUUUGUGUAUGCAGUUAUUCAUUAUUAUAUUUGUUAUCGGAACAUCUACAUUUUUCUAAGGAUACACGAAUAUCCUGUUUAAACGAUCACCACAUAGACAUUGGUGACAUAGUAUUAUACUUAUUCGUAUAUUUACAUAUAUACAUUUUCGUAUAUGUAUAUUGUAUAUAUACACACCUCUUUGACUCUGUAUUAUAUAUACAUAUGCCUCUACGUACAUUGCGUUAAAUGUCAACGCCUGUAUUCAGGAAUGGAGAAAGAACUCUGAGGUGCUUUGUUAUAAAUAUCUUAUUCUUUUUAGCACUUAAAAGAAAAGAAAAGAAAAAAAAGUAUAAUUAAACUAGAAUAUACCAAAUUUAGACGCUAACGAAAAAUGAAAAAGUAAUAAUAUAUGAGAAAUUUUUUAUCUUAUAAAAAUUUUAUAUUUAAAAUUUUAUAUUUAACAUUUUUUUUAUGCAACUUCUUGGGAAGAAAAAAAAAAGUACAUCUUCUUAGAUAACAAUAAUGGUAUUUUAUAGAACUGACACGAAGUUAGAUAAAUUUCUAGUCGUCGUUUUACAUGUAUUUCUAGACAGGAUAUUUCUAAAAUCUUGGAAACAGAGCGUAACGCAAUAUUUAAAAAAAGAAAAAAAAAA